AUGGGCACUUACGACGGGGUACUUGGUCCUUUGGUCUUGGGUGUUUUCCUGAACACGUAUACAUAUGGUGUCGUCGGUUUCCAAUAUGCAAAUUAUCAGGAAAUCCCUUUCAAAGAUCCUCUUUGGAUUAGAUUGCCCGUCUUGGUUAUGUUCUUGUUGGACACCUUCCAGUCUGCGAGUGCUGUUUACAUGGCAUGGAAUCUCUGCGUAACGAACUAUGAUAAUCCAGCUGUAAUGCAAGCUGCGCUAUGGACCUACUCCCUCAUCCCAAUCUGCGCCGGUAUUUCAGGCGUAAUAACCCACAUUUUCCUUAGCCAUCGGAUAUUCGUUUUAACUGGUCGCAAUGUCACGUAUGGGAUCGUCGGGGCACUUUCGUUCAUCACCUUCGGGCUUGCAGUGUCAGCUGGCGGUUUGGGACUUGCCGAAAGGAUAUCUGCGACCUCCAUUCUAUCGGGGUCUGAUCUGUAUCGAACGUUGUUGAUUGCUUGGCUGUCCGUGCAAACCUUCACAGACUUAUUCGUCGCGGGUAGUCUCGCAUACACUCUUUCUCAUAUCCCAGCAUUCAUGAGCCAUCUCCCAUCCCCUUUCGAGAGGAUACUCCGCGGAGUGCUGCAGACAGGUUCUGCAGCGUUCUUGGUCUCGCUUUUGGGAUUGGUCGUUUUCGUCGCUUCGCCCACGACGAACGCAUACCUCGUCUUCAUCCUUGCACUCGGUCGCCUCUACUCAAACAGUAUCCUAGACACCCUCCUCGCUCGCCCCAAACCAGUUGCGGUAUCAAACUUGCAAGUCAGUGCCCACGUAAAGUCGAAAUCAAGCACCCGAGGCAUCUGGGUCCCAACAUCGUCCAACCCAGCACAAACAACCAACAGCUUCAGCCUGAACAGCAUCCACAUACGAACAGAGGUCUUUUCUGACCGUGAAGAUGUUCCCAAAAAGGCGGAAGCUUUGGGAUCCCGUUCGGGUUCGAUCCUCGAAGGUUCGGAUGACCAUAAGAACGGGGUGACAGACGGAAUUGCGGUAGCUGUCUGA